CUAGCGUGGCAGUGUUGAUUCAACUGUAUUCAUUAACAGAAUAGUACUGUUGAAUCCUGUCGUUAUUAUUCAACUGAUUUAAUUAUGACCAUGACCCCAUACACGGAAGUAUUGAUACGGGUUUUUACAGUCAAAAGUCUCAAACAGAAAACUGUACGUAACAUGCGGCAAACGAAACCGAGUGUAGAACAUCGCGUUAAUGCAUUGCUCGUAUCAGGAAGUAAAUGAACGGCGAGGGUGGCGAGAAGGAAACAUGACUAACGGGACGUAGGGAAGAAUGACUCGAAACAUCGCCGGACGACCUGUACAUUUAGUGUCCCUAACUAGCGGAAUUAUUAUGUGCCUUGCCAGAUAUUAAUUCGGGAAAACUUUUCACAAUGGACGGUUCAGUUCGCCUGUUGAUGUACACAGCAUUACUCGUUGUGUACCUGACCAUAACAACGCUUCAAGACACGACAUCAGAUACCCCAGGCAGUUCCACGUCUAUGAUGGAGGCUACAGGCACUCCUUCACCAAUGUCAACCACUACUAUACACGAUCCUUCAACAUCUACAUCUGCUGAGACAGAUGCUCCAACAUCUACCUCUCCUGAGACGACAACGACCCAAACAUCGACAUCAUCACCACUAACAACAACACUACCACCACCAUCUCCCACGACGACACCCCCAGGUCGGUGCCGCUUGAGUCGGGAGUGUGGGCGUGGUGCCUUCUGUAUCAUGAGUCGGUGUACAUGCGCGUACGGCUCCUACAGGCUGGGAACACAGUGUGUGCCUUCAAUACCAGUUGGCGGCAAUUGUACAAAUGACACGCGUUGUAUGGCGCCAUCUACGUGUAAUUACUCGGUAUGUACAUGCCCUGGAGAUUACUACCAGAAGGACCAACAAUGUGAAGCCAGAGAACAGGUGGGCGAAGGAUGCAACAACAACAGCGAAUGUGUUGUUAACGUUGAUUGUAUCAAUAACACCUGCACAUGUCAGGCAGAUUUAUUCUUCAAGGAUGGGAAGUGUAUCCCACGAGUUUUACCAGGUGAAGUCUGCAGUAACAGCACGUGUGUGGAGAACGCCGAAUGUGUAUCUAGCACAUGUCGGUGUAAAGACGGGUUCAUGAUAGUAAAUGGAUCUUCCUGUACGAUAAAAGAGAAAAGACGAGUGAAGAAUCUAGUCGUUUCUGGUCAGACUUCGUCAUCAGUUCUUGUAGCAUUUGAUGGACCCCUGGAUUACAACACGUUCAGGAUUGAUUACAACUCUUCAGAUCCUCCAAAGUGCGUUGUCCUCCGAAGUAAUUCAUCACAGGAUGUUUGUAGUGAGUGUCAACAAGUUAAUGUCGUCGAGCCAUCUAAAAACUGGCACAUAGAAUACAAUGUGACAGGUUUGAAGCCCUUCACCACAUAUGAAUUCAAGGUGGUAAUGGAAAAGUGCAACAAUGGGAGUCUUGAAAGCAGUCGCCCAGCAAAUAAAUCAGCGCGAACUACUUCAGCAGUUCCCAACGCUGUAGAAGACUUGACUACAUGUGCAAAUAAGACAUGUCUCGUGUGUGCAACGUGGAAACCUCCCCAACCACACCCAGGGCCUGUCACAUACAGGGUAGAAAUAUUUGAUGAAGUCAACAGUACCGUUGCAAAAGCAUCCAAUAUCAGCGCGACAUCAAUAUGUUACACGAAAGAAGAUGUCAAUUAUUUCUUGAAGUACACUCUUGGGGUAACAACUUUUACCACAGCUGGCAAAGGAAAGCAGCGCAAUCUGACAAGCAUGGAAAUUCAUUUCCUUGAAUUCAAGAUCGUCACAGCAGAAGGUGAUUGCAGAAAAUCUGGGCAUCAAUCCAACAACGUUGGAAACUACAGGCAGAUGACAAUAGUAUGGUCAAAGCCACGGAUUGGCACAUCGAUAACCAGCUAUAUACUUGUCACUAACGGGGAAAAGCGCAAUAUCCCAUCAGAGGCAAAUGGGGCGGGAUCAGGCUACAAUGUCCCGAUUGUUGUAACUCCAGGUUCGACGAAUACUUUCAAGAUUCAAGUAAAUCACAAUGGUACUCUCUACAAUGUGUCCGCAAAUUCGUCGUGCCUUGCACCUAUCGGAGUUCCUCCAGAAUGGCCACAUGGCCUGCAACCAUCAUUUGAGGUCUCUGAAAAUUUCAUCAAAAUAAAACGCAUUGAUUUUUUUAAUAACAGUAAGAAUGGUGCCAUAACAAAAGGUCGCUUGUACAUAUCAACCAAAAAAGAAACGUUGGAAGUACCAGAUCUUCAAUCUGGGGAUGUGAGGGCAACGAAAAUCGAGUGUUGUAAUGGUGGGUUCAUCAAAGACUGUACGGCUGGCUAUUGUAGGAGAGGGCUGGAACCAGACACAGAAUACUACUACCUUGCUGUUGCUUGCACGAAGACAGGCUGUCGCCAGAGUCCAGUAUUUCAAUUCCGAACAUACAAAGACAAUACCAACGCCAUCGUAGUCGGAAUGUUGGUGACAUCCAUUAUUGUUGCUGCCACCAUCAUCGCUGCUGCCCUGCUUUGGCGUUCAAAGAAAGUUGAAAUGGUCCCUAUUCGCAUUUCUCUGAGAAAGCCGGACCUGUCCCGAAUACCACGAGAAAGGCCCAUCUUGCUGUCGGAGAUGGAGGACCGAGUUACACAGAUGCAUGCCGACAGCAACUUGCAGUUCACCGUGGACUACGAGAACAUCAUCCGCAUCAGCCCUAAGCACACGAACUAUGCCUCCCAGAUUGACGAGAACAAACAGAAGAACCGAUGGGUGAAUGUACUACCAUUCGACCACAGCCGGGUUGUUCUUGAAGUUAUCGAUGAUGACGAGACUUCAGAUUACAUCAACGCAAGUUACAUGCCGGGCUACAACUGUGAGAACGAAUACAUCGCCUCCCAAGGACCACUUCCUGGUACAGUGGAUGAUUUCUGGAGAAUGAUCUGGGAAAAGAAGGUGUCCAUCAUUGUCAUGGUUACUCCUGUGAAAGAAAAUGGAAAGGUGAAGUGUGAAGAGUACUGGCCCGCGGAGGUUCAGGAACCCAAAGAGUACGGUGACAUCGUGGUGGAGAACACAUCCUUCUCCUCCCUCAACACCUACAACGUCACGAUGUUCAAGCUGAGUAAUGGACAGGAUAAAGAUGUACGGGUGGUACAACACUUCCACUUCCUCAACUGGAAGGACAUGUCAGCUGAUGUGGAGAGGUCAGACAUCCUGGACUUCGUGCGGACAGUCCGAUCCCACCUCCGUCCGGACAUGGAAGGGCCGCUCGUGAUCCACUGCAGUGCUGGCGUUGGGAGAACAGGGACGUUCAUAUGCCUGGACUAUCUCAUCCAGUUCAUUGAAAAGCACGGCCUGUCAGACACUGUAGACAUAUACGGCUUAGUGAUGAAGCUGAGGAACAACCGAGUCCUCAUGGUCCAGACGGAGACCCAGUACGUGUUCAUCCAUGACUGUGCCAAGCAGCUGAUGGAGGAGAAGCGGCUGGCGCUGGAACGUCCCGACAGCGUGGUGGACGUGGAGGAUGAGGAGGAGGAGGAGGAGGAGGAGGAGGAGGCGGUGUACGUCAACACAGAGAUCGGGGUGCCUGUGUCGGACGACGGUAUGACAGGGACAGAAAUGACAUCGUGUAAAGAUAGAACAGGGGAAGAUGACGGAUGUGAACUGUAUGAGAAUGCCAGCACGUGUCGCCUUAUUCAACAGACAGAGCUAUGAGACAACUACGAUGGGCGUCGCCCUUAACAGAAGACAGAACUUAAUUAUGACGAUGGCUGCUGCCAAAAUAUAAGUGACAGAGGUGUCAAACCUCACACACUCACUCGCUCACAAGGAUCUCUGAAGAUUGGUGUUACUUGAAGUACUCAAAUGGUCCACCUCACGUGCCAAAUACCCUUGAAGGUCAAAGGAUAUUCUUGUCUUACAUUUUUGUUUUUUAUGUUUGUCAAUGAAUCAUUAUAUUCAUAAUACAAGUAUAUUUUACUUUGAUAAUAUGAACAAAUAUUAUAAAGGUCAAUUCAGUUUAUAUGCAUAUGUAUAUAAAUCGCUUCACCAACUCACUUUGUCAUAAACAGCGGAUUUCCUUUGAUGUAUCACAACGGGGAAGGAUAAAUGUGUCAAGUUUGAAGAGUAUUCAUUACAUUCUAUUUUGAAGUCAUCAAUCCAUCACGGAAGAAUAAAUAAGGGAAAUAGUUGGACAUUUCAGCGUGUACAGUAUAUUUUUUUAUGGGAAGUGCAACGAAUGAUAAUAGGUAAUAUUUUUGUAACAUGAUUCCCCGGAUAUUUGUUUUUAGUGAAUCAAGAGAAAGCCAAAGCUCUGAUGUCGCAGCUUAUUGCUGAUUGAUGGGAAAG